AUGCCUCGUUCAGACCGUUCCGACGAAGACGACCAGGAAUCUGUGAGAAUAUUCAGACUACCCUACGACGCGCCUAGGAUAUCCGAAGCGGAUUACUUUCGGAAGACCGACGAGUUUCGUGUAUGGCUGAAGACGGAAAAGAAGAGGUACUUUGAUGAGCUGUCUGGAGACAAGGCCCGCAGCUACUUUCGUAAAUUCGUCAAGGCCUGGAACAAGGGAAAGCUGACGAAAUCGUUGUAUGCCGGAGUCGAUCCGUCCAGCGUCUCUGCCGAGUCACAAACGAGCUACAAAUGGUCGUUCAAAAAAUCUCGCGCUGACGAUGAUGCGCUCCGGGCUGUCCGCGAAGAAGUGGGGGCCGCAACUUAUCGCAAGGACAAUAACUCUUCUGCUAACCCCAACGCGUCAACAUCGCGCUCUUCACGAGUACAAGGUCCCACUUUACCGUCUGCCUCUGAUCUGGCAUACGCUCGAGAAUUGACACGGGAUGUUGAGCAAGAAGAGCGAAGCUUGAAACGAAAACGUGAUAAGGCAGAAGCAAGAGAUCGCAUUGAAGACAUGGUAGGACCAAAGGAGGUCGGCCGCGAGGGUAUGCUGGAGAAGAAACGGGCCAAACGGGAGUCGGACCGGUCUUUCCGAGAGCGCGGCGACGAGGGUCUCGAAGCACCCGAAUCGACACUUCUCGGAGGUGGUGAUAGCUUCAAGGAUCAAAUUGCAAAGCGUGAUGCCGCCAAGAACAGAUACGAAGCUGCCAGAGAAGAAAAGGCGGCUACCGCUCGUGAGCGGUUCAACGCUAUGCGGGAGAGAAACGACAAGACGAUGGCCAUGUUCCAAGCGAUGGCAAAAGAGCGGUAUGGAUGA